AAACGUGCUGUCUGCGUUUUCGCCCAGUGUGUCAAAAUAUGUUGAUCAAAACAAUCCAGAAGAAAAUUUGUGUGGAAAAUUGAUAAGCCUCGGAAAGUUCAAUCUCGCAACGGUGUGUAUCGUGUGCGUGUGUGCGCGCGUGUGUGUGUGUGUCUUUCGUUUUAUUACAAACAACUAGAAAAGGGGGCUGGAAUACUAUUUGCAUGCAAACAGAUACCAAAAUCACCGCUACGUCGAGGUUUGGUCCAGAUACCAGGAACGCUACGCAGCAGAGAUAAUGCAGCGGAUUGCGGUCCAAUAGCAGCGGCCAGCGCGAUAGUCAGUCAGAACCGGAGUGACAGCAUAUAAUCAUGUUUAUGUAAUUUAUGUUUAAAUUCGCCCACUUUGCCUUAAAAAGGUAUACACGUUGUGCACACAGACACACACACACGCAAAGCGGGGUUCAGAUAAAGGCCAGCAAGUCUUUCCCCCUUGCGGUCCGUCUCCUGGGCUUUGUUGUUCCGUGCUGCAGCUGGUUUUUUAUUGCUGCGAGAUCUAUUGUAGGCAGGCAAACAACGGGCAGCAACAAGCAGUCUAGAACGCGUAGGAAAGAGACGGUACUGGAUGAAUGAAUGAGCGCGGACAAGAGAUAGAGCGCAAACCCCAGAACCCAGCGUACCGACGUCCGAAGGGCACAAACACAGUGUGCAUUUGAUAAGCCAAAAACAGCUCCCUGCUCUGCUGCUGCUGCUGCUGCUAAAAAGCCUGUUUUCGUUCAACGCAAACGUAACGCGAGAAAAAAACCUUUGCCUGGAACAACUGAUUCACUCUGUACCUCAUCAAUGAAAUCAACAAUGAGCCCAGUUUAAGGUGCCCAAACCAAUCAACCGCAAAAAGACACACCUUCCACGGGCGUCCAGCAAGCAACCGACAAAUUCACCAGCACUACGAUCUACUACAGCGAGGAUCGGUCGGGUUGGUCCCCUUGGCAGCUGUUUCGGUAUCGCUAUCAGCAAACGCAUCAGCAACGCAACGGUUGCAGACCGUCAGCCGCACAUCAUGGUGGAACCGAUGUUCGAUUAUCAAUUCCGGCACAUUCUCAUAGGCGACAGCACGGUCGGGAAGUCGUCACUGUUGAAAUAUUUUACCGAUGGUAAAUUUGCGGAACUCUCGGAUCCAACGGUCGGGGUCGAUUUCUUUGCCCACCUGAUCGAGGUAAUGGACGGCACGCGGAUCAAGCUGCAGCUGUGGGAUACCGCCGGCCAGGAACGGUUUCGCUCCAUCACCAAAUCGUACUACCGGAACUCGGUCGGCGUGCUGCUGGUGUACGACAUUACCAACCACGCGAGCUUCGAGCACAUCCCGCUCUGGAUGAUGGAAGCGAAGCGGCACAUCGAACCGCACCGGCCAGUGUUUGCGCUGGUCGGGUGCAAGCUCGAUCUCGUCACGAGUGGUGCGCAGCAGCGCGAGGUAAGCAUCGAGGAGGCGCGCACGUUCGCGGAACAGCACGGUCUGAUAUUUGUCGAAACGUCCGCCCGGUCCGGCAUGAACGUGCGGGAAGCGUUCACGCUCGUCACGCAGGAGGUGUACAAUCGUAUCAAAAGCGGCGAGUACAAGGUGGAGGACGGCUGGGACGGCAUUAAGAAAGGGUUUAUGCGGCCAAACAAUCUUGAUUUUAAUCUGGUGGUGGCGGAAUCGGCCCGGAGUAGCUGCUGCUAGAUGCGGUGAUGUGGCGCGUGAGCGCGCAGAGAAGCGGGAUAGCUUUUUGAUUGUUUUUUUUUUUUUUUGUUUGUUUGUUAAUUCCCAACCCCCCCAAAUGCAUCCGCACAUGCACGCACUGGUAGACGCGUAUCGGACACACAGUGAAGGGUGGCGUAAAGGGGUUGGUUGUCCCGUAAGAAGCCAGCUAGGGAGAGCACACAGGAACUAGCCAGUCUUUUUGCAUUAAAAAAUGGAUAUCCGGGCGAUUUUGUGACACGUUUCCAGCCAGUUUUGAUCUCCUCCUCAAGAAGUCCGUCAGGCGCUAAGAACUAAAAUUUCGGAACCGGAACAAAAAUGUCUGAAAAAGUGUCCAACAAAGCUCGGGCCAGGCACAGGAAAGAUAUGGGAAUGCGUCGUAAAAAAAGCCCGGGGGUUAUAUACCCUUGUUGAGGAUAGUUUUCUUUUAAAAUCACUGGUAAACUGGAAAGGGCUCGAAAUAGGUGUGUCGUUCGUUUUGUCAAGUCCGGCAGACAGUCCGGAGGGGGUGUGAAACGUCGCCGUCGUUUUAUUCUGCGCUGCUGCGUAAUUGUAUUGUUCAGGAUUUUGUUUUUAAUAAGUUUGCAACAACAAAAAAAAGUCUCUCGCGUUCUCUAAGCGGGACCCUUCCAGCGACAGGGGUCUCGAUCAGUAAACGUAACGGUUUUUUGAAGUAAAUGUUUAAAAAUAGCGGGAAGUGUGCGUGUUGUGUGAGCGGGUUUUUUGUUUGUUUGUUUUGGGAAUAGAUUUGUGGUAUUCUAAGACACACGCGGACCCCGCUAACCAUUGCGUUGCGCGCACCAAGCUAAGGGACAUUAUUCACGCGCGCGACAUCAUCAUCAUCGGUGCUCACAGAGACGACAAAAAAAAAAAAAAAACAGUUUCCAUGUGAUAUUAUAUGUGUACAUUUAGCUGUGCCGAGGAUUGGGUGGGUCUAGUUGGGUGGGUGUGUAUGUGUAGUUGUGUAGGUGAUGGGCGCGUGUUCCACACAAUAGCCACGCGUGGUUUGGCCUGCACUAAUAAGCGCAGUUUUUGCAGUGUGCAAAAUCCGUAAGGAAUCCAACCCAAUUAAUGUAUACAUUUUCAUACACGAACACAAAAUAUAUAAGCAACAAUAAUACGGAAAAGUAACAAAAAAAAAGAAAAGAAAAACGUAAAAGGUAACCUAUUUCAAAAGAGAGUGAGAGCGGGAGAGUUAAAAAGUGAAUAGAAAUUCAAUUAAAGAAAUGUUAUUCUAAAAGCAAAAACACGGAACAAACAAACCAAAAAAAAAAAAAAAGGAUAAAAGCAGACAAAAAGAAAAUAAUUCAAACUUUUAAACUCAAAAGCCUCCCCGGUCAUGAUUGCUGAAAAAUGGGUUUUCAGGCGAAAAAGCAAAUAUCAUUCUCAGGUAACUCAGCGUGGAUCGGUUUAAAAUUCACUCCUAAGCCCAGGACAGCUGAAACACGUUACCGGCACGGUUCGAAAACAGGUUGAGAAUUUUUGGACAGGUAAAAAAGGUCUUCUAGACCAGCCCGGCCACGGUGAUUUCCCUUGAAGAUGAUAAUUUUUGCCACCCUGAAAACCCUUUUUUUUCCAGCCACCGUGGCCGGCAAGGGUUGCGUAAGCGGCAGUACGGACAGUAGUAAGCACGCGUGAGAAUUUAAUCAAAACAAACUGCGAAAAACUUUAUCAAAAGAAAAAGAAAAUAGUAAAUUAGUAUCAUUACGCCAACUGCAGCAAAGUGCGCCAUUAUACGGAGCACCGGAUAUAUGCCAGUCUGGCCGGAUUCAAAUUCCUAACGUUUUUUUUUGUUUUGUUUAAUAAGCAUGUGUUUUUACAACCCGGACGGAUAAAUAUACUAAUCCAAACUCAAAGCACUGUAGAGCGGGAAGAAUAAAAAAACCGAAGACAAACAGUUCUUUAACCACACCACCAGAAAGUGUCCGUAGAGCAAAGGGGGGGUUGGUUUUGAAUUUUCGUGGGCAGGGAAAAUGGUAACGACGCGUUUCUUUUUUCCCCCACACUCUUUCCUACGUGGGUACCCUUUUUUCUUACCGCAUUAUUGUAGAUAUUCCAAGAAAUAAACAGAACAAACGCUGUAAUCGAAUAAA